GGCGUUUUUGAAUUGGGGCAGCUUGCAGAUAGCCAACACAGCUGACCUGAAUAUGCCUGGACUCUUAAUUGUGCGUUUCAAUUUCUGUAUUUUUCGCUCUUUUAUUUGUUACAUUUGCGCAAUUUGUUUUUUUUUAUUCUGCUCGUGGGGCGGUUGAUAUUUUUCUCUGAACGGGUUCCACGGUUUUCUUUAUUUCGUGGCUGUCUGCGCGGACGAUGAAUCUCAAGAGUUGUACACUGCAUAAGUACUUCGAUAAUAAAUGUACUUCGAAUCUCUGAAUCCACCCACAAAGUGAAGUCGCACUGAGCUCCCGGGAUACCUCGUGACCAUGAGUAACUAACUCUGUUCCACCAUCACGGACGCUGAUUGAUGGCCGGACGGAUAUGUUUGGUCCCAUCCACCGACAUCGACAGCCGCGGAUCACCAGUACAAGAGCCCGAACCUCGCCAGCUCCGGAUCACGCCCUCCUUUACAUGCACUCAGUAUGGAUUACACGCCGAUUUCCGCGGGCGGUUAUGUUUUAUUUCUCACAGCACUUUCCCUCAUAACAGAUAAACUGAAUGGAUUUGAGGUUUCGGUCAAAACAAACUCCCUAGUGGCGGAAUUUGGACACUCCCUGGAGGUGAACUGCAGUACAACGUGUAACAAUCCAUCGAUAACUCUGGAAUAUAAACCAGGGAUAAAUCCCAACAGAACUAAGGGUGAUAAAUGGAUUACAGACCGAUUUCCGAGUGUCCAGAAAUGGGAUUUCACAGUGCCCUGUACUGUAAAAUGUCAAAAUUCAGUGAAGGAGGACAAACGGGUGGUCCCCAUAUACAAUCGAAACUUAAGCAUUGUUACACCUCCUGACGUGCUGGAAGUUAACAAACCAUAUCAGCUGGAGUGUACUGGCCUGAAGGUCUAUCCAAGGAACAAACUCGUACUCACCUGGCUCAGAGGGAGUGAGACUGUAGCAAAUAUUUCCACAGAGAAACCAGGUUACCCAGAUGAUGGUCCACUGAAGAACGUCCUUCAUUUCACUCCAAGUAUUUCAGACGAUGGACUGGUGUACACCUGCUUGGCAGAGUUGAACUUGGACCCGAACAGGACCAAACAAAUCGCAAAUGCAUCUGUGACUCUGCAAACUUACUCUUUUCCAGAGCCUCCAAGGAUCCUCAACAGAGACUCUGUAGAAGUAAAUCAGGAGACCACAUUGACGUGUGAGGUCUCAAACAUCUACCCUGCUGAGAAGGUGAGAUUAAGGUGGUUUCAGGAUGGUGAGGAAUGGAAUUCAGUUGCCAGUAGAUCAAAUCCCACCACACUCCAGGCAACAGCUACAUGGACACCACGAGAGACCGGUGUGACUGAACUGAAAUGCAUGGCAGAUUUUGAGGACUAUCCAUCAGUUUCAUCAAAGAAUGAUAGCAUUGCCAUUAAUGUGUACGUUUUCUCCAACCCUGAAAUCCAAAUCCCGAUCACCACUGAGGGAAUUCCAGUGAAUAUUACCUGCAGUGUGUUUAACAUCUCAGGGGAACUUCAACUCAGACUGAAGAAGGGAAGUGAGAUAUCAGUGAGCAGGUCAGCCAGUACUGGGCUGACUAUCUACCACACUGUGAAUCCACGAGCAGAGCUGAAUGGACAGCAGUUCACCUGUGAGGCCGAGCUGACACUUCACCAUCGCUCCAACACCAUUGUUAAACGACAGUCAGCCACUCUCGAUGUCCAGUAUAAACCACAAAACACAACUAUAUCAGUAAAUAACAAAACCGUGUCCGGGUUUUCAGUCUUCAUCAGAGUAGAUGAUGAAGUUACAAUCACCUGUGACUCCAGUGGAAACCCCCAGGUAACACUGACGUGGGAAAGACCCGGUCAGGGAGUCGCAGGGGAAACCGACCUUCCUGGGGUUCUCCACAUUCCCCAGGCAACAUCAGAACAUCAAGGAAUUUACAAGUGUAGAGCCAGGAACAAACUUGGAACAGAUGAGAAGCAAGUGGAAAUCAAGGUGGAAGCUUUUCCAGAGCCUCCAAGGAUCCUCAACAGAGACCCUGUAGAAGUAAAUCAGGAGACCACAUUGUCAUGUGAGGUCUCAAACAUCUACCCUGCUGAGAAGGUGAGAUUAAGGUGGUUUCAGGAUGGUGAGGAAUGGAAUUCAGUUGCCAGUAGAUCAAAUCCCACCACAGUCCAGACAACAGCUACAUGGACACCACGAGAGACCGGUCUGACUGAACUCAACUGCGUGGCAGAUUUUCAGGACUAUCCAUCAGUUUCAUCAAAGAAUGAUAGCAUUACCAUUGACGUGUAUGUUUUCUCCAACCCUGAAAUCCAAAUCCCGAUCACCACUGAGGGAAUUCCAGUGAAUAUUACCUGCAGUGUGUUUAACGUCUCAGGGGAACUUCAACUCAGACUGAAGGAGGGAAGUGAGAUAUUAGUGAACAGGUCAGCCAGUACUGGGCUGACUAUCUACCACACUGUGAAUCCACGAGCAGAGUUGAAUGGACAGCAGUUCACCUGUGAGGCCGAGCUGACACUUCACCAUCACUCCAACACCAUUGUUAAACGACAGUCAGCCACUCUCGAUGUCCAGUAUUCUCCAAGGAAAGCACAGAUCUCUGGAAAGCAGGACUGGAUUGAAGGGAAAUCCCAGAUUUUAACCUGUCGCGCAGAUGCCAACCCAGUUCCGGAGGUGCGCUGGAUCAAAGAUGGAAAAACGAUCAGUAGUGGUGAGACACUGCACAUCCACUCAGUCCAACUGGGAGACAGUGGUCAGUACAUGUGCAGAGUCCGCAAUGAUAUUGGUUCCACCAACUCCUCUCAUCGUGCAGAGAUUUUGUAUAAACCACAAAACACAACUAUAUCAGUAAAUAACAAAACCGUGUCCGGGUUUUCAGUCUUCAUCAGAGUAGAUGAUGAAGUUACAAUCACCUGUGACUCCAGUGGAAACCCCCAGGUAACACUGACGUGGGAAAGACCCGGUCAGGGAGUCGCAGGGGAAACCGACCUUCCUGGGGUUCUCCACAUUCCCCAGGCAACAUCAGAACAUCAAGGAAUUUACAAGUGUAGAGCCAGGAAUAAACUUGGAACAGAUGAGAAGCAAGUGGAAAUCAAGCUGGAAGGUUCCCCAGAUAAUGUUUGGAAGGUGGUGCUGGUAAUCUUGGUACUCAUCCUAAUACUGUUAGUCGUGCUGGUCAUCGUCUGCAUCCUAAGAAACAGAGCUCAGAAAACAGGGCAUUAUGUGGUCCAGAAUGCAGCACCCCAUAACAAUCAGGAAACCCCUUCUGGGAUUGAUCAGGAAUCUUUUCCUUUAACAGAAGUGAAUUCAGACGGAGUUCUAAACAAUAACCACUCAUAA